AGUGACCUACUGAAAUAGGUCAUUAUCAGUUGGCUUUCAUUGACCCUGCGGCCAUUUUCCAAACAUACACGCAUGCACGUGGGGAUAUUUAAUACGGUUAAAUUUAUUAUAUUGAACACAUUAAAUUUGCCAGAUUUGAAUACACUUUCAACAAGAAUUUGUUAUGUUUCUUUGAUGAACUGAUUACAUGUAGCCAUUGUUGGAUUUCCUUGAUUAAUCGACGUAGAUAAUCGAUAAACUGGUGGCCGCAAACACGGGAUAUAAGAUGAAAUGUGAAAGAAACAAGUGUUCAACAUGUAGGCGGUGUUUACUAGUAAAGGGAUUCCUUUGUUUAGUAGCCAUUAGUCUGAUCAUGACGAUUUUGUACGUUCUUCUAUUUUAUGAGAAUUAUACUGAUUCCAUGGCCAUUCAUAAUGUGAAAUUUUAUAGUCAUACGCAUUCAUAUGUGACUACAUUUUCUAAUAUGACACUUCCUAAGCAUAAGCAAAAAACCAUUGCAGUAUGGACAACUUUUUUCGGACAUGCAUGGUUAGAUAAUAUUAAAUUUGUCUUAUCAAAAUGUCGUUAUAAAUGUCAAGCCACUGGAAGAGAGGGACUAGCCCAAAGUGAUGCAGUAUUCUUUCAUUAUCACAGAUAUGAUCUUGAUGUACAAGAUUUGCCAAAGAGAAACGUACUGAAUCAAAUUUGGAUUCUUUAUUUACUUGAACCAACAACGUACAUAGAACGUGAUAUCGUUGUAUUAAAUGGUCUCUUCAACUGGACUAUGUCAUAUAGAAGAGAUUCGACUGUAUUUGCACCCUAUGGAUCCUUCGUAGAAAGACCUUCCACAAAAUACUUAAAGCCAUUUUCAAAUAGAAAAAAGUUUGCUUUUGCUGUUUUUAGUCGCUGUAAUGACAACGGCAAACGUUAUCGAAUUGUGAGAGAAUUGCAGAAAUAUAUCAAUAUAGAUAUUUUUGGUUCUUGUGGUUCACUGAAAUGUGAUACGAAGUUCCAGCAAUGUUUGUCAACAGAACGGGCGCAAGAUUAUUUCUUCAGAUUAUCAUUUGAAAAUUCUCACUGCAAGGAUUACGUCACGGAAAAACUAUGGUUUCCCUUAAAGCAAGGCGUGAUACCGGUAGUAAAUUGGGCCAGAGACCAAAAAGAUACCAGAGUCAACUCAAGUCACGUGAUAAAUAUAUAUGACUUUAACAGUAUUAAAGAUCUAGUGAAAUACCUGAAAUCCGUCGCAACCAAUGAAACAUUAUACAAUGGCUACUUUUCUUGGAGGAAAACUUUAGAUGUGGAGACAUCUCAUUUUCACGCAUUUUGUAAUCUCUGCAAAAAGCUGCACCAGCCUCGCAUCCCGAGACAAGUAUACUCUGAUCUUGAUGGCUGGGUGUCCAGUGAUAUUUGUCCGAGAUAUAAGUUUGUGCAGCACCUUGCAGGAUAUAUUGACAGAUGGAUACUCUUUCCAAUCGGACUAUAAGUCUGUAAUAUUUAUCGACUAUAAAUCUUGUACUAC